AUGGCGAAUACUGAGAACGAGUUUCGCAUAUGGUUGGAUCUGCAAAGCAGUCACCAUCCCGCUGUAUUUGAUCUAUCCGGGAAUACCCCCUUUGAACUACAUCUGCAGGCUCGCAGGAUAUCCAACUUCGAGAAUGACCCGCGCGAACUUUCCUUACUUACUGCGGGCUCACUCUUCGACCUCCCAACUGCGCUAGACAAAGGGCUCAUGGAGCUGGUCGAUGAGAACACCGGCAACGUAGUCGACCAAGACAUCGCCAGUCUCCGGACUCGGCCGGACCACCCAAAAGGGCUGUUCCUGACUUUGCCGACAGACAGCAGAGCCCAACACCACCCUGUCCAAUCGCUGGCUUUAAACGCCGCCACUCACCUCCGCGCCAUGGUAGAGCCCGGUCACACCUAUCGGCUCCGGGUUCGAGACAAUGAUCUUGGGGUGCAAUGGUGGGGAUGGCAAGCCGGCCAAAGUUCCCCGUCAGACAGCACCCAGGCCGAGCUCCCGCCCGGCGAGCCCAGGAAGCUGGUCUCGAACCGGUGCCCCCCCGAGCUCAGCAUUGGCCUGUCGCUGGCGGAGGAUCCCGGUUCCGUCAAAGUGGUUAUCACGAAUCCCAACGGCCAGCCCAUCACCGUAGCCACGCGGGGGCCCCAGAUGUACAUCUCGGACUCCAAGGCGCCACCCGACCCCGGCAACCGCAUCACCGACGGGCACCAUCCCGACGUGCGCAAUCUCGAGAUCGUCGACGCGGAGACGGGCCAGGACUUGCUGGCCAACGCAGUGCUGCGCGUGUACCCCGUGGCCGGCGGCAGUGGUGGGGGGAGGGGGUGGUCGCGAGGCAACUUCCUGACGCUCGCGCCGGGUGAGCAAGUCACGUGCGUGGUAGGCCUUCCCGUGCAGAGGCUGUCGCCCGGGAAGGAAUACCUGAUCAGACUGCGACCGGCGGGGUGUUGGUGGACGGAGGGGACCGUGGACGAUCUCUUUGGGGAGGGCAACGGUGUUAUUAGACGAUGGUCUUACGGACCGACUCUCCCGCUUAUGCUGGAGAGCGACGACAAAGUCUCGUUUCGGCUGCGUUGA